AUGGGUCUCCUUCCAGAGCCUGAUGAGACGAGGGCUCGCUAUGCCAGCUUGGCAGGAUCCCACACUGUUGCAGGCAUGCGGUGCGUCCUACAUGGUACGCCGCAUAACCACAAAGGGUCCAAACUCGCAGUCGGUGGUUGCUUCAACAUCAACUUAGUGGAGAAGGCCGACAUGGGCUAUGCCAAUGCCUGCAGGAAUGGGUUCACAUGGGCUGUUAUCUCCAACGAUGUGAUCACUGAGUUUCCUGCGGUUGCAGAUGUGCUGCAAGCAGGUCAGAACACGAACGUCUUCAAAAAGGAAUCAGAGUUUCAGAUCCUGAAGAGGAUGAUCACGUGGAUCGGGCAGAAGGCCCAGGUCUCAUGGAAUGAAGUGAAGAAGUCGAUUUUGAAGACAAAACCGGACUGCAGUGACGCAUGCCCUUACAUGUUCCAGUUUCUGACCAAGUUCAUGAACCGGGACGACCUGAACAAAACCGACAAGAGGGUCAUGAAGACACUCGCAGCUUCCAAGGCUCUUGGAACUGACUUCUGGCAGUCAGUGUCUAAGGACGGAAAGACGGCUGGUGAAGUGUUGCUUGUACUUCGUCAUUGUGCCGUCAGCGCAGCAUACUGCUGUGGCACGUCUUUGACACGUGCCGAUGUCAGGAAAAUGCUGGGAAACCCCACAAAGUCCGGCAAGAGCCAGGAACUCAUUGAAGAGCUAUGCUCUCUCAUGGACAAGCAACUCAACGAUGAGCAGAAGCUGAAUUCCGGAGAAAUUCAGCAUCAAUUUGAAGACCGAAUAGUGCUGAUAGCCAUGGACAAACGUCCCAAGCAUGGAGAUGCCUUCAUCAUGGUACCGGAGGCUCACUUUCAGAUCGCAGUGGGUUCAAUCAAGGAUGAGACCAAGGUGACCCUCACCAUGAAGUAUGAGGCAUACAGGCCAAAUCCUGCUCCUUCUCCUGGUAGUGUGGCUGCUGGCUCCACAGACAAGCACAGCACAUGGAUCAACAGGAUUCGAAGCUUUGAUGCCCAGGGCAAGAUCACCAACACGAAAAUGGCAGGUGAGCUGGGUUUCAAAGAGGGAAGCAUGAUCAUGAGGAAGGUGGACAAGUUGAAAGCCAGGGUCACCGACAUGAAGGGAGACGACCAUGCGACAAUUGAGAUGGAAGAUGGGUCCAAGUUCCAGCUCAUGGCCAAGAGUCUUCUGCGGGGAGAUUGGAAGCUUAUGAAAGAGAAGGGAUCCGAGACAGUGGAGAUCGAGGGCUACGGGCCCCACUUGGUCAUCAAUCAGAAGGAAGCGAAGAUGAUGCAGAUCAAGGGUGAGAUCAUGACCAAGUUGACUGAGCUCGAGGCCAAGCAUGCCUCAGUGCACGAAUUUGAAGAUAACCUUCAGACCCAGAGAUGUGGUUGCCACCCAAAGUUUUGCGAAGGGUAA